ACAGUGCAUACUACUGGGGCACUACACUAUAUGACGGAAAUACGCGCGCAUUUUUCAGUUUUCAGUGCUUGGAGUGGACUCGGAGGCCGACGCUAUCGGGGUCGCUAAUAAUAAUAUUAAUUUUCUGCAAUCCGGGAAAUCUACCGAACAUGGGUGGCGUCGAAGAAUUUCCAUUUCCCUUUGAACCGUACCCAAUACAGUCGGAUUUUAUGAGAAAUUUAUAUGCAUGCCUAGAACAAGGUAACUUAGGGAUAUUCGAAAGCCCAACAGGUACUGGCAAGACUCUAUCUAUCAUCUGUGGAGCUCUUAAAUGGUUAUUAGAUAACAAAGAGAAACAAAAAAACGAGUUACUCAAAAGUAAAGCUGAUUUGGAGCUUCAGAUCAAAGAAAUUAAAAAAAAGCACGAAGGUGAUUGGUUUUCUGCUCAAACAGAACAGAUGACUCUUAAUAUGGAAAUUGUGAGUCUACAGCAAAAGUUUGAUGCUCUUUUGAAACGAGAAGAAAAAAUCAAGAAUUAUAAGCAGAAGGUAAAACAGUAUAAUGAAGGAAAAAUAGAAAACAAAAAAAGAGAUGUUAAUAAAUGGAAAACCAAAAGAGAAAAUGAAACUGAAAAUUCAAGACUUGAUGAAAAAGUUGAAAAUAUUGAUGACUUUAUGGAUACAGAUUUGAUUCUGCAAGAAUUAGAUAAACAUUCCAAUGAUUCUGAAGAUGAUGAUGAUAAUGAAAGUAACGAACAAGAAUGCAAAAUAUACUUUUGUUCAAGGACACAUUCACAGUUAUCUCAAUUUAUUGGAGAGUUAAAGAAAAGUCCUUACAAUGAUAAAGUUUCUCUUGUUCCAAUAGCAUCUAGGAAUAACUAUUGCAUUAAUUCAAAAGUAAAAGCCCUUAAGAAUAUGAAUCUGAUCAAUGACUUAUGUCAACAGCUGCAAAGGAAAAGUAAAACUACAUCCAAAGAUGAAAAGACCAUAAAAAAAUCUAAAACUAAAACCACGUCUUGCCCAUAUAUGCCUGGAAAUCAGGAAAUACUUAUAGCAGAAAUAUUAACCGAAAUUAGAGAUAUUGAAGAUAUUGUUAAGACCAGUGAAGAACUAAAAACAUGUCCUUACUAUAGUACAAGAAAGUCAAUUGAAGAUGGUCAAGUCAUCCUAGUACCAUAUAAUUCUAUUUUACACAAAAAUACUAGAGAAAGUUUGGGAAUUGAUAUUAAAAACAAUGUUUUAAUUAUUGAUGAAGCCCAUAAUUUGUUGGAAGCUAUUGAAAGAAUGCACAGUGUCUCUAUUACUGGAAAACAUAUUUUACAGAGCCUUAAUCAAUUAACUCAAUACCAAGAAAAGUUCAAGUCUGUACUGACAGCUAAAAAUGUAUUACAUUUAAGCCAAUUAAGUUUUUGUUUAAAAAAACUAAUAAAAUUAUUAGGAGGAACUUCAAAGUCUCUUCCAAAUGAUAAACCAAAAAAUGCUGAUAAUAAACUAUUUGGCUUGGAUGAAUUUGAAAUAUCUGCAGAAAUAGAUACAAUCAAUAUAUUUGAUCUCAUAGAAUUUAUAACAAAAUCCAAGCUAGCUCACAAACUGCGAGGAUAUGCCGAAAAAUAUGGGAAUGAAAAUAUAGUUGCUGAACCUUGUAAAGAGAAAAAAGGUGUCUCUGAAUUCUUAAAAUCACUUCAGAAAAAAGAUUCUCCUGAAAUUAAGGAAAAUAUUAAACAGCAUGAAGAUGAAAUAGAUAAAGAUCAAAUUACUAGUCCUUUAUUUGUAAUUACUAGUUUUUUAGAAACAUUAAAAACUAAAUGCAGUGAUGGUAGAAUAUUUGUGGUUCCUGGUACUGUUAUUGGUGAUGGAUACUUACGAUUUCUUUUAUUGAAUCCUGCUUCUCAUUUUAGUGAUAUUGUUAAAGAAGCAAGAGCUAUUGUUUUGGCGGGUGGAACAAUGGAACCUAUGUCUGAAUUUAAGGAUCAAUUAUUUUUGAGCGCUGGAGCAAAACCAGAAAGAAUAAUGACAUUUUCCUGUGAUCAUAUUGUUCCAAAAGAAAAUAUUUUAACUUGCAUCUUACAAUCUGGUCCCACGGGUGUAGAAUUUGAAUUUAAUUAUCAAAAUAGACAAAACACUAAACUUUUAGAUGAAUUAGGCAGAACACUAGUGAAUCUUUGCAAUAUAAUUCCUGCUGGAAUAGUUGUGUUUUUACCAUCUUAUAGCUAUGAAGAAUUGUUAAUUAAGCACCUUGAAACCAAUGGUAUUCUAGCUAAAAUUGGUUUAAAAAAAACAAUUUUUCGUGAGCCUAAAUCUUCAACACAGGUGAAUUUAGUAUUAGAAAAUUUUAGUGAUUCAAUAAAGAAAGCUGUAAAACCUAAAACUGGAGCAAUAUUAUUUAGUGUUGUUGGAGGAAAAUUAAGUGAAGGUUUGAAUUUUUCGGAUGAUUUGGGUAGAUGCGUUAUUGUUGUAGGCAUGCCUUACCCAAAUAUUAAAUCUUUAGAAUUACAAGAAAAAAUGAAGUAUUUGAAAGAGAACGUGAAUUCGAAUGCAGGUAGCAUUUUUUAUGAAAAUUCCUGUAUGAAAGCUGUGAAUCAGUGUAUCGGCCGAGCGGUACGACACAUUAAUGAUUAUUCAACAGUUGUUCUACUAGAUAGACGAUAUGCAAACAAACAAAAAGCACUGCCUGGAUGGAUUCAAAGAACUUGUUCAGUGCAACCAAAAUUUAGCGGAGCUGUUCAAGCGCUCGCUCGAUUUUUUGCUGCGAAAAAAAAACAAACAAGCAAUCAGUAA